AUGGCGAGACCCCAAGAUACGGCUUUGGCCCGAUUCUAUGGCCUCCCUAAGGUGCGCAAAGACGGCGCUCCUCUCCGACCCGUCGUGUCGCUCAAAGGUACUCCAACGUACGGACUGGCUAAGUGGCUGUUCCGGCGUCUCAAGUUCCUGACCGCUGAGUCAGACACCACGGUCUUUUCGUCAGCACAAUUCCUGGAGAAACUCAAAGGGGUAAGCAUUUAUCCAAAUGAGGUCAUGGCAUCUUUUGAUGUUACAUCCUUUUUUACUUCUAUUCCCCAGGACCUGGCGAUCGAGACAAUCGAGCUGCUUCUACAAAGCAAAAACGAUAAAACGCAGAAUCGUCUUGGACGCGCCCAAGUCCUUCAGCUCUUGAAGUUCUGUCUCAAGACUUACUUCACUUUCGACGGGACAAUCUAA